GUCCCCAGGUGAGGUGGGGUGGGGGAGGGAGGGAAUGGGGCCUGAGCUCCGUGGCAUCCCCUCAGCCCCACCUCUUUCAUCAGAGCACGUGUGCGUGCAUGUGUGACACACACAUGCACACACAGCCUGGGAAAUCUGAUGAGUCUGCAAGACUGAGUUUCUAGGCCUCCAUCCAGGGGCCGGGAGGCGGCUCUGAGGUUUGGGGUUGGGUGCAGGGGUGGAGGGCUGGCCAGUCCCUGGCUCUCUGGCUGAGUUGAUCUCCCAGCCAGCCGAGGCAGAAUUGGAGUUCAGAGCUUCCUUGAUCUGUCCACUUUCUUCCCGUGGCCCCUCUGCACUCCCUGAGCGGGCUCUGGGACCUGGACUCCCUUGCCAGGGCUGGGGCUGCCAGUUCUGCUCUCCUCCCUCCCCGCCUGGGUGAGCAGCGCAAGCCCUUGCCAUUGUCGCGGGCAUGAAGCUCCAGAUGCUGUUGGCUGCCCUCCUCUGGCUCCCGGGCUUUCUGGCUAAGGGAAAUGCAUGCCACCCCCCACCAGAGGGGAAUCCAGAAGGCUCACCCCCAGACGUAAAUGUCAGCAGCCAGGGGAUGCCCCCUAGCCUCCUGGUGAGCUGGACAGCCCUGGAGCCUGGUGGGCCGAUCCACGUCCUCCACCUCACAUGUCUCAGCUGCCUUGGCUCCAGUGAAGGCGAGCAGGUGGAGGUGCUCACCAAUGCAUCUAGCUUCAAGUUCCAGAACCUGGUGCCCGGGGGUCGCUACCAACUAGACGUGAUGGCGUUGUACCCCUGUGGGCACAAUGUCACUGUAACCCUCACUACCCGCACUGCUCCGUUGUCUGUCCAGGGGUUGCAGCUCUGCAGCCCGGGGAGCCCCUUCCACCUGCAGGCCUCCUGGGGCAAGCCCCCCGGUGAGCAGGAUGGUCACCACCUUCUCCUCUAUCACCUGAAGUCCCACACCUUAACUCACAAUGUCUCCAUGGCCCCUGAUGCCCUGUCCUACAACUUUAGUGACCUCCUCCCGGGUAGCGAGUACCUUUUGGAGGUGACCACCUGGGCUGGCACCCUCCAAGCAAAAACCAGUAUCCGCGAGUGGACAGUCCCCGUGCCUCCUGAUCACCUAGAGCUGCGUGCCCUCGGCUUGGGUGCCCUGCAGGCUUCCUGGAAUGGCUCCCAGGGGGCCGCCCAGCUGCACCUGCUGCUCACAGACCUGCUGGCUGGUACCAACAUGACUGCUGUGGUCCGCCGGGGCAUCUCCAGUCACACCUUCCUCCACCUCUCUCCAGGCACCUGCUAUGAGCUGAUGCUCAAUGCUGUUGCUGGGCUCCACCACGUGGUGGGACCCAAUGCCACUGAGUGGACCUAUCCCUCUGCUCCCCUGGACCUGGUGCUGACCCCAGAACCCCCCAAGCUCCAAGCGAGCUGGAAAGCAGGGCCGGGUGCGCAUGAUGGCUUCCUGCUGCAAUUGAGUGGGCCGGUGGAAAAGACCAUUGCUCUGGGCCCAGAUACCCUCAAUGCCUCAUUCCCAGGGCCCUUGCCCAGUGGCCACUAUGCCCUGGAGCUGAAGGCUCUGGCUGGGCCGCAUGAUGCCUGGGUCCAGGCCAGCGCCUGGUUGGAUGGGCCCACUGCCCAGCCCAGGCAGAGUCAUGGGGCCACCCUGCAACUGCAUGGGUUGGAGGCCACCCAGCUGCCCGGCAGACGGGCGCUGCUCUAUGCAGAAGGUGAUCCAGGCCUCCUUGGAAACAUCUCUGUGCCAUCCGGUGCCACUCGUGUCACCUUCUGUGGGCUGGUACCUGGUGCCCGCUACCAUGUGACCAUCACUUCCCCCCUGGGUGUCAUCAUUCAGAGCCUCACAGGCCAUAUAGCUCCCCUGGCACCAUUGUCCCUGGAAGCCACCAGCAAAGGCAGUCCCUCCAACCUGGUGGUUGGCUGGGUCCCUGCACCAGGGCAACGGGAAGGCUACAGCGUCAGCUGGCACCAGGAUGGCAGCCAGGGCCUCCAAGGUGGUCUGGUCCACUUGGGCCCAGACAACUCCAGCCUUACUCUGCGGGGUCUGGUGCCCGGCUCCUGCUACAUCCUGUCUGUCUGGGCCUCGACCGGGAAUCUUAGCUCAGCCGUCCAGAGCAUGCGCAGCUGCACCCCCCCUGCUGCUCCUACCAACCUGACCCUGGGCAUUGCCACUCGGCCACCAGCCCUUAGGGCUCACUGGGCUGCACCACCAGGACGCCGUGACGGCUUCCAGCUGUGCCUGUACCGCAGGAGGCCCCUGAUCCUGCAGAGCCAGGACACUGUGGCCCCCGAAGCCCAGACCUUCUCCUGGCCCCUGCUGUUCCCGGGCACUGAGUUCCUGGUGCAGCUGACCACCCUACGGGGUCCAGAUGCAAGCAACAGUAUCAACGCCACAGGCUGGAUGCCCCCACUCGCUCCUCUGUUGGUGAAUGUGACCAGCGAGGGCCCCAGCCAGCUCCUUGCAGUCUGGGCUCAUGCCCCUGGGGGCCGGGACAGCUACCAGGUGACCCUGUACCAGGCAGGCGUCCGGGCAAGCACCAGGGCCUUGGGGGCCGAGGUGAACUGCACCAGCUUUUGGGCUCUGAUCCCAGGCACUAAGUACGAGGUAGAGAUUGUCUCAUGGGCUGGGCCCCUGCGUGCUGCGGCUGCCAACGUCUCGGGUUGGACCUCACCACUCCUGCCCAGCGAGUUGUUGGUAUCUAUACAGGCAGGCAGCGCUGUGGUCAACCUGGCCUGGGCCAGAGGCCCCCUGGGGCGGGGGGCAUGCCAUGCCUGGCUCUCAGAGGCUGGGCACCGCUCCUGGGAGCAGCCUCUCAUGCUUGGCCAAAGCCGCUUGGUGCUUAGGGACCUCACGCCGGGACGCAACCUCUCCUUGUUCGUGCGGUGCCAGGCAGGGCCGCUGCAGGUGGCCACUCACCCAGCGAUGCUGCCUGUCGAGCCGGGUCCUGUGGAGGAUGUACAGUGCCAGGCUGAGGCCACCCACCUUGUUCUGAACUGGACGCUGCCUCCUGGGGACGUGAGCUCCUGUCUGGUCCUGGCAGAAAAGCUGGCUGCAAGAGGGGAUGCUCAGCUUGUGUUCCAGUUCAACACCUCCAAGGAUGCGCUCCUGCUCCCUGGCCUGGCACCUGCUUCCUCCUACCGCCUUAGCCUCAUUGUGCUGGGCCGGAAUGGCCUGCAGAGCCGGGUGGUCACCCUGGUGUGCACCACUUCCGCUGAGGACUGGCAUCCCCCUGAGCUGGCCGCCGCUCCCCAGAUGGAACCCGAGAUGGGGAUGGGGGUGGUGAUCGCGUGGGACAUGUUUGGCAAGGAAGACGGGCGGAUCCAGUGGUUCGGCAUUGUUACUACCACCAACAUGUCAUUGGCUCAGCCUUCCCGGGCAGCCAUCAACCACACGUGGUACGACCACUACUAUGGAGGAUGCGACUCCUACCUGGCCCUCCUACUUCCUAACCCCUUCUACCCGGGGCCCUGGGCGAGACCCAAAUCCUGGACUGUGCCCAUGGGGACGGAAGACUGUGGCCGCACCCAGGACAUCUGCAAUGGGCCGCUCAAGCCGGGAGUCCAGUACAGGUUCAGCGUCGUGGCCUUCACCAGGUCCAACACCCCAGAGCCCAUGAUCUCCUUUUCAGCCUUCUCAGAGCCCCGGAUCAGUGUGUCCCCUGCCUCCCUGCCCCUGCCGGUGGCGCUGGGCACAGCGAGCUGCUGCCUUCUCACUGUGUGUGCCGUGCUGGGUCUGCUGUGCUGCAGGAGGAGGAGGAAGGGGCAGAGGGCAGACAAGCGUGGAUUUGCCCAGGAGCUGAUGCCUCACAGCACACGGCGAAUCCACAGGCCCAUCCCCAUCCACAGCUUCCGACAGAGCUAUGAGGCCAAGAGCGCUGAUGCAUAUCAGGCAUUCUUCCAGGAGUUUGAGGAGCUGAAGGAGGUGGGCAAGGAGCAGCCCCGAGUGGAGGCCGAGCACCCUGCCAACACCACCAAGAACCGCUACCCACAUGUGUUGCCCUAUGACCACUCCCGGGUCAGGCUGAGCAAGCUGGAGGGAGAGCCCCACUCUGAUUACAUCAACGCCAACUUCAUCCCGGGUUACACCCACCCCCAGGAGUUCAUUGCCACUCAGGGGCCUCUCAAGAGAACACUGGAGGACUUCUGGCGGCUGGUGUGGGAGCAGCAGGUGCACAUCAUUGUCAUGCUGACCGUGGGCAUGGAGAACGGCAGGGUGUUGUGUGAACACUACUGGCCGGCGGACUCUACCCCCAUCACCCAUGGUCAGCUCACCAUCCACCUGCUGGCUGAAGAGCCUAAGGAUGAAUGGACUCGGCGGGAGUUCCAGCUACAGCAUGGUGCCCAGCACAAGCAGCGGAAGGUGAAGCAGCUGCAGUUCACAGCCUGGCCUGACCACAGUGUCCCGGAGGCGCCUGGUGCCCUGCUCACCUUCAUGGAGCUUGUCCGGGAGCAGGCACGGGCCACCCAGGGUGCUGGGCCCAUCCUGGUGCACUGCAGUGCAGGCGUCGGCCGGACGGGCACCUUUGUGGCACUGUCGAGGCUGCUGCAGCAGCUGGAGGAGGAGCCAGUGGUGGAUGUGUUCAAUGCCGUGUACGCACUGCGGCUGCAUCGGCCCCUCAUGAUCCAGACUCCGAGCCAGUACAUCUUCCUGCACAGCUGUCUCCUGCGGAAAAUUCUGGAAGGAUCCUGUGACAUCUCUGAGUCUGGACCCAUAUCAGUGACCAACUUUGCGCAGGUGUAUGCCAAGAAAGCGGCUAACGCCAAUGCCGGCUUCUUGAGGGAGUACAAGCUCCUGCUGCAGGCCAUCAAGGCCGAGCCUGGCUCCUCGGCGCCCCCUCCUGGCUGUGAGACGGAUGGCACUUGCUCCUAUGAUGGUUCUACUCCGGUGGAGGACAGCCCCGCCGACAACAUGCCAGAAGCCUGGUUCUUCCCGGGUGGACCUUCUGGCCGUGACCACGUGGUGCUGAUGGGCCCUGCGGGACCAGAGGAGAUCUGGGAGCUGGUUUGGGAGCACGAGGCCUGUGUAUUGGUCUCCCUGUGCCAAACUGACCCUCAGGAGGAGCCACAGGGUCUGUGGCCAUCAGAGACACAGCCUGUCAUCACGGACAUGGUGACAGUGCACUGGGUGGCGGAGAGCAGCGCGGCAGGCUGGCCCUGCACCCUCUUCAAGGUCACCCACGGGGAGAGCGGGAAGGAGCGGCAGGUGCAGCAGCUGCAGUUUCCGAGCUGGGAGCCCGGGCAGGAGCUGCCCAUGAGCAGCUUGUUGCCCUUCCUGGCUGCUGUGGGCCAGUGCUGCUCCCAGCGUCACAGCGAGAAGCCCGGCACACUGCUCAGCUACUCCAGCCGAGGCACCACACAGCUGGGCACCUUCCUGGCGGUAGAGCAGCUGCUGCAGCAGGCAGUGGCUGAGUGCACGGUGGACGUCUUCAGCGUGGCUCUGCAGCAGUCCCAGGCCUGUGGCCUCAUGACCCCAACACUGGAGCAGUACAUUGAGCUCUACAGGUGUCUGGACAAUGCACUGGUGCAUGGGCUGCCUUGAGUGGGUGCUGCCAGGCUUGGAUGGUCAGUUCCAGCUGGGGACAGCCACGGCUUCUGGUCCUGGAGCA